AUGGCUGGUGUUGCUGACAAGGCGAGAUUCUAUCUCGAACGAGCUGUUCCGCAGCUAAGAGAGUGGGAAGAUAAGGAAAUCUUUUCAAAGGAAGAGAUUCGCACGAUUGUCCAGAAGCGCAACGAUUACGAACACAGAGUCCUCUCCCCCGGAAACAAACCCUCGGAAUGGUCCUCUUACGCGCAAUGGGAGCAAUCCCUUGAAUCUCUGCGGAGCAAACGCUGCAAGCGUCUCAAGAUUCGACAUCUUAACUCUGCCCACGCCGGCCAGGGUCGCACACUUGCGAUUUACGAGCGCGGCGUCAACCGACACCCGGGAAGCAGUGCGCUAUGGCGGGAAUACCUCUCAUACACAGCGAGUGUCAAGGCAUCCAAGCGCUGGCGCAAAACCAUGACCAAUGCACUGCGCAUGAUGCCUACCGACCCUGAGCUGUGGGCGAUGGCAGGCAGGAGAUCAGCCAAGAACGGCGAUAUGGCUGCCGCCCGUGGAUUUUUCAUGAGAGGCUGCCGCUUCUGCACAACGAACGAGAAGCUCUGGAUCGAAUACGCACGAAGCGAAAUGGAGUGGCUUGAGAAGGUCGACAAGCGAAAGGCAGUCGCGAAGCCUGGUCAAGAUGUUCUCCGACCUGAUCGAGAGGAGGAUGGGGAUGAACUACGACUUAUGGACAGCGAUGAUGAAGAGGACGGCGACGAUCUCCCCGAACCAUCCAAUGCGCAGUCCAAGGUCAUCGACAAGCAGUCGGCACAGCAGUUGAAAUCGAACCCCGCCAUGGACGGUGCUAUCCCAAUGGCUAUUUUCGAUAUAUCCAAGAAGCAGAAAUUCUUCAACGCCAACACCGCCGAGACAUUCUUUAACCUCUUCGCAUCUUUCACACAGGUCUCUGCUCAACCUAGGAUAUCACAGCACGUUGUUGAUGUCCUUGACCAGGAAUAUCCUAACAAUCCGGCUACUUGCAACGUCCACAUUCGCCAACCUAUUGUUGGUGUGGACCCUCAGACUGCAGAGUUCCCCAAGAGCCUCAGGGAGGUAUUGGCACGCUUGAACACAUAUCUGAACACCACAACAGACCGUGCAGAAUUGAAGAAGAAGACUGUGGCAUGGAUAGAUGGAUACCUGGCAUCGGAUACGUUGGAUGAGAGCAUUCGCGCCGUCCUGGAGCAUACCAAGAACAAGAUGGAGACAAUCUAG